AUAAAAGUGUGCAUUAAAGCCAAAACAUUUUAGUUAUUUUACAGGUCGCUCGUUGACAAGAUAGGAAAAAAAUGAAACACUUCACGUUGCUUGCAUUGUGUUUAAUCACAGUUUUGGCUGAAAAAGUUAAUACGCUUAGCGUGGGUAAAAAUCGUAACUUAAUCGAAACCUCAAUUAAAUACCCAGAUGCAAGACGAGACGAAAGUAUCGUCGAAGAUUUACAUGGAACGAAAGUUGCCGACCCAUAUCGAUGGCUCGAAGAUCCAUUCUCGGAAGAGACAAAACAGUUUGUAAAUGCUGAAAAUGAAAUAUCACAAUCAUUUUUAAAUAAUAGUGAUAAAUGGAAAAAAAUCAAUACAAACUUAACCACACUAUGGAACUAUCCCAAAUACUUUGUUCCAACGCGACACGGAAAAUACUAUUUUUCAUUUAGAAAUACUGGUCUACAAAAUCAAAACGUGCUGUAUAAACAAAACUCAUUGGAUGAUGAGCCGACAGUAUUUUUAGAUCCAAACGCAUUCUCAUCUGACGGCACGAUUUCUUUGCAACAGCAUGCUUUUUCCAAAGACGGCAAUCUACUAGCAUAUGGUGUCAGUGAAUCGGGUUCAGAUUGGAUUAAAAUCAAAAUCCGUAACGUUCAAACUGGCGAAGAUUAUUCUGAACUUUUGGAAAGAGUAAAGUUCACAUCGUUGGAAUGGACACAUGACAAUAAAGGAUUUUUCUAUAAUCGAUAUGAUCAAAACGGUGAUGGUUCUGAAACGGAUACGAAUAAGAACCAAAAAUUAUAUUAUCAUCGUGUUGUUGAUGUACAAGGAGAGGAUGUUCUUGUUGUCGAAUUCACGGAAAAUCCGGAUCGGCUGAUAAUAGCCACUGUUAGCUCAUGCGGCAAAUAUUUGAUUGUGAUGCAGAAUUAUGGUAAUCAGAAUUCAUUGCAUUUCGCUGACUUAGAGAAGACCGGACCCAUCGUUGGCAAGAUUUUACUUACGUCAAUAGUAACGAAACUCGAAGCUAGUUAUGAAUAUAUUACCAAUACCGGAUCUAAAGUAGUAUUCCGUACAAAUAUCAAAGCACCAAAUUAUCGUAUUGUCGUAAUCGAUUUCAAUCACUACACUGAAGAUAAUUGGACUACGCUUGUUGAAGAAGACUCAAGAGAUGUGUUACAAUGGGCAAAACAUGUUGAUAAGGAUAAACUUGUGAUUUCAUAUCUUCAAGAUGUAAAGGAUACUUUACAAGUACAUUCUCUCGAAACUGGAAAAUUGUUACGUAAAUUCUCUCUUGAAAUUGGAACUGUAGUUGGUUUCAGUGGAAAUAAAAAGUACUCCGAAGUCUUUUACCAAUUGGAGUCAUUUUUGAUGCCUGGAACUAUCUAUCGUUAUGAUUUUUCGAAUCCCGAUGCUGAACCAACCGUUUUUAUUGAAAACAAAUUAAAUUUGAAUGGAUUCGAUAAGAAAAACUUUAAAGUCGAACAGGUGUUCUAUCCAAGCCAUGAUGGUACCAAAAUCCCAAUGUUCAUUGUUCAAAAGAAAACUGCAUCAAAAACCAAACCAGUUUUAUUGUAUGCAUACGGUGGAUUCCAUAUUUCAAUCCAACCAGAAUUCAAGGUGCCAUUUUUAUUUUUUGUCAAUGCAUUUGAUGGCAUUUUGGCCGUAGCAAAUAUCCGUGGUGGGUCUGAAUACGGGCAAAAGUGGCAUGAUGCUGGUCGAUUGUUAAACAAACAAAAUGUAUUCGAUGAUUUCCAAGCGGCUGCAGAAUAUUUAGUUGCGCAGAAGUAUACGAUAAAUAAGAAAAUUGGCAUUUAUGGCCGUUCAAAUGGUGGAUUGCUGAUUGGAGCUUGUAUCAAUCAACGACCGGAUUUAUUUGGUGCGGCUGUAGCUCAAGUGGGCGUGAUGGAUAUGUUGCGUUUUCAUAAAUUUACCAUUGGCCAUACAUGGAUUUCUGACUAUGGCAAUCCAGACGAAAAGGUUCAUUUCGAUAAUCUGUAUAAAUUCUCGCCGUUACAUAAUGUUCAUGUGCCAAAUAGCAGUGUUAGCCAAUAUCCACCAACAAUCAUUUUAACGGGCGACCAUGAUGACAGAGUAAGCCCAUUACACUCGUUGAAACUCACCGCUACGCUACAAUAUGCAGUGAAAAAUAAUAAAUUCCAAAACAAUCCAAUCUUACUUCGUGUAUACAGCAAGGCUGGACAUGGAUCGGGCAAACCUAUCGCAAAACGAAUCGAAGAAGAGACCGAUAUUUAUACGUUUUUGUACGAAUCGCUUCAAAUUGAAACUAACUUUUAGUUUCGUUUCGACACACAAUAUGUAGACAUAUGUUAAAAGGACAGUUAUUAUCAUAUAGAAUUUGAGCAGUUUGAAAAUAAAUAUACAUAUAUUAUGAACAAGAAA